CUCAUUCUAUAUUUUUAUACAUCAAAUCAAAUAUUUCUGGAGCUAAAAACAUUUUGUCUGAAUAUGAACAUAGUUCGUAUAUAAUGCAAAAACAGACUUGAAAAUUCCGAUCGUGCUUUCCGCCAAUACGUUCGACCAUCUCCGGAGAAUGCUCAGUGCUUCUCCGCCGCGUCGUGAUUCUGUUGAAUUUCCGAUUUGAUUGAAUUGUCUGCUUAAAGCUGUUGUUGUCUUGUCGUAAGCCACCGUCGGGUUUUUAUCAAAAACAAGAAGCAAGAUUAAGAAAAAGGCGGGAAAAUGGCGGCGUGGAAGUCGUGGAUUGUGGCGGAGAAAGCACGGAGAUGUUUACGGACGAUGUUCUUUGUGGCGGCAAUGACGGCGUCUCUGUUACCUUCGUCGUUUCCGGUUCUGAUCACCGUGGCUGAUGUGGCGGUUCCUUGUCUUAUCGUCUCCGGCGUCACGUGCCUCACGUGUCACUCUGCCGCAGAACAUCUUCGGCAAUACAGCUUCAAGAGCUCUUUCAUUGACGUACCACUCAUAUCUCUCCUUAGAUCUCUCGCCGUUAUCUGUCUCUCUUGGCUAUGUGAAGACACAAGAUUAGCUUAUGGUCCUUAUCUUGAAACAGUGAUCGUAUCUUCCUUUGGAGGGUUUCUUCUUCUUUUGGUUAAAGCUUGUGUCUUCACUGUGAAUUCUCAUCUAGAAGCAAAGGUCUAUUACUUCAAGAUCUCAUGGGGAAUGCCGGUUUUGCUACUAUCAUCUGCGGUUUUCGGUUUAGCUCAUGUCGUUGUAGCUUAUCGAACUAGUUGUGGAGCAAGAAGGAAGCUCAUGUACCACAAAAUUGACCAAGAAGCUGUUCUCACAUGUAAAUCUGGUUUCUCCGGUUACAAGAAGGCUCAUCGUCAAUCAUUCACUCGAUCAAACUACAAAAUCUUAAGCUAUGCAGGUGAAUUCAGACAAAAGUCUUUCAGGGGAACAUCUUUGGACAGAGAAGAACUAUUACAACCAAGAUUACUGGCAAAUGCAGACAGUUUAUUCAUCAAGAUCCAUGGCUUAACUGUCCAUUACAAGCAGGUUGAUUUACCCUCUACUCCUCCGCAUGAUAUUGUAAGCGGUUCUGCAGUUGAUAUGAACGCAAGAAAGCUGAGAUUACUAGACAAGCAGAUGUCAAACUUAAUCACCAAAACUCAAACCAAUCAUUUGCAUCGAAGCUACACCAUUCAGCCCGAUAGAUCAUCCUUGUAUGAUCCUCUGUUAGCGAAUUAUCCCGUUAACUUUUUCAACAAGGAUGAUGUACACCAAGUGGAUUCCAUGAAUCUUGGUGACGAUUUGGAGAGAAAUGGGGAUGUUGGAAUAGUUCUAGUACAUGGAUUUGGAGGAGGGGUCUUCUCAUGGAGACAUGUAAUGGAAGAAUUGUCUCAUCAGCUCGGUUGCAGAGUCGUUGCCUAUGACCGGCCUGGUUGGGGUUUGACCUCAAGGCUUGUCCGGAACGAUUGGGAGGAGGACACAAGUCUAGCUAACCCUUACAAGCUCCAAAGCCAGGUGGAUCUACUAGUUUCUUUUUGUUCCGAGAUGGGGUUUUCGUCAGUGGUACUCGUUGGCCACGACGAUGGUGGUUUGCUUGCUCUCAAGGCAGCUGAAAGAAUACAAGAACCUACCUUCAAAUGCAAUGUAAGAAAUCCACAGAUAGAAAUCAAAGGGGUGGUUUUGAUAAACGUUAGCUUAUCAAGAGAAGUAGUUCCUGCCUUUGCAAGAAUACUUCUUCAUACAUCACUCAGGAAGAAACACUUGGUCCGUCCUUUGCUGCGAACCGAAAUAACCCAAUUGGUGAACCGGCGUGCAUGGUCUGACACCGCCAAGCUAACCACUGAUGUCAUAAUGCUCUACAAGGCUCCUCUAUGUUUAGAAGCUUGGGAUGAAGCACUGAAUGAGAUAAGCAAGUUAUCUCAUGAGUUGAUCCUCUCACCUCAAAACGCAACAGCUCUUUUAAAAUCCAUUGGAGAUGUUCCGGUCUUAGUUGUUGCCGGUGCUGACGAUGCUCUUGUUCCUUUGAAAUCUUCUCAAGUUCUUGCUUCUAAACUCACCAACUCUAGAUUUGUAGCCAUAUCUGGAUGCGGACAUCUUCCACAUGAAGAGUGUCCUACAACACUCGUAUCUGCUCUCGGUUCCUUCAUCUGCAGACUGAUGAUACCUAUGAAUCAUACAACCAUGUAAAUAUGUUCAAGAUUGAUGAUAUGUUUACUUUGGAUACGAACAAAGCAGAAAGGUAGUCAGAAAUGGUUGUUUUGGAUAAUCAUCAUAGAAUACAUAAGCUGAAAGAUAAAAGACGAUAAAUCUGAGUCGCGUCUCUAAACACAAGUACGCCGCCGAUAGAAUAAAUAACAAACAAUCCCUAAAAAAGAGCCUUCUCUCUAGCGUCUUUUUAUCAAACACAAGACUCUCUCUCUCUCUCUCUCUCUCGAAACAGAGAAACGCACACACACUAAGAGAAACUCUAUUCCUUGGCGGAUUUGUUGAUGAGAGACUUGUGGAUGUGAGGGAUGACUCCACCACCGGCUAUAGUUCCUUUGAUGAGGGUGUCGAGCUCCUCGUCCCCACGGAUCGCGAGCUGCAAGUGCCUCGGCGAGAUACGUUUCACCUUCAGGUCCUUGCUCGCGUUUCCAGCUAGCUCCAAGACUUCUGCAGUCAGGUACUCCAAUAUGGCUGCUGUGUAAACAGCUGCGGUUGCUCCGACCCUUCCAUGAGCAGUGGACCUCGUCUUCAACAGUCGGUGAACCCUACCUACAGGGAACUGCACACCAGCUCGAGAAGAACGAGUGAUGGGUUUCUUCUUGUCCUUGUCCUUGUCGCUGCCGCUGGGUUUCCCCAUAAUCAACCCCUUAGCUCCUUUCCCCGACAUUUCCCGCCAAAAGUCUCACACUAAAAUUCUCACACGCAGAGAGAGAGAGAGAGAGAAAGGAGAUCGCACCAGAUAAAACGAGAAGAAGAAGAAGAGCUCGUGAGUCGAUAGAUGUUCCCCA